GGGCACACUGUAGAGCUGGCACAGUCGCUGCUAGAGACAGUCCACAGACCAAGACAUCCCAUAAGCAGCAGCCUGUUUCUGCUUCACAAAGAGAAUUCAAUUUGCAGACAUGGAUCAACGGCAGAAAACACCAGUUGACAAAAAAGACGUGAUUAUCAUUGGAGGGGGUUUGUCAGGGUUGUCUGCUGCCAAGCUGCUGAAAGAGGCUGGUGUUAGUGUGGUGGUGCUUGAAGCCAGAGAUCGUGUGGGUGGAAGAACCCUCACUGUGAAGGGUCCUCAGUUCCAGUAUGUGGAUCUUGGGGGUGCCUAUGUUGGGCCCACCCAGAAUGGAAUCCUGCGGCUUGCCAAGGAACUGGGGGUGCAGACCUACCUCGUCAAUGAGAAGGAGCAGCUCAUCCAUCACGUGAAGGGCAAGACGUACCCUUUCAGGGGGGCCUUCCCGCCCAUGUGGAACCCCAUUGUCUACAUGGAUUACAACAGCCUGUGGAGGACGCUGGAUGACAUGGGGGAGGAGAUCCCUUGUGACGCCCCCUGGAGUGCACGGCAUGCCGUGCGGUGGGACAACAUGACCAUGAAGGAGCUCAUUGACCAGCUGUGCUGGACAAGGGCAGCCAAGGAGUUUGCCACACUGUUUGUCAAUGUGAAUGUAACCUCUGAACCACACGAGGUGUCAGCACUCUGGUUUCUGUGGUACGUGAAGCAGUGUGGAGGAACGAAGAGGAUAUUUUCAACUUCUAAUGGAGGGCAGGAGAGAAAAUUUGUUGGUGGAUCGGGGCAGAUCAGUGAUCGAAUGGCAGGGCAGCUCGGGGAUGGGGUGAGGCUGAACCAGCCUGCAGUUAGACUGACUCAGACUGAAGCAGCUGUCUAUGUGGAAACUCUACAUGGAGACAAAUAUGAGGGUGCCUAUGUCAUUAGUGCCAUCCCUCCAGGCUUGAGCAUGAAUAUCCACUACGACCCUCCGCUGCCCCCUGUGCGGAACCAGCUGAUCCAGCGAGUCCCAAUGGGGUCCAUCAUCAAAUGCAUGAUGUAUUACAAGCAGGCCUUCUGGAAGGACAAGGGGUACUGUGGAACAAUGAUGAUUGAAGAUGAGGAAUCACCCAUUUCAAUGACACUGGAUGACACCAAACCCGAUGGAUCUUGUCCUUGUAUCAUGGGAUUUAUUUUGGCCAGAAAGGCAAGGCAUCUCAUCCACCUAAGCAAAGAUGAGAGAAAAGAAAGAGUCUGUCAGAUUUAUGCACAAGUUCUUGGCACUAAAGAAGCACUUCAUCCUGUUCACUAUGAAGAGAAGGACUGGUGUGAAGAGCAGUACUCAGGGGGGUGCUACAGUGCCUACUUCCCCCCAGGAACCUUCUGUCAGUUCAGCAGAGUUCUUCGAGAGCCGUUUGGCAGACUGUACUUUGCCGGCACGGAGACAGCGACGAGGUGGAGUGGAUACAUGGAUGGGGCAGUGCAGGCAGGGGAGAGGGCUGCCAGAGAGGUGCUACAUUCUAUGGGAAAAAUCUCAAAAGCUGAUAUCUGGACUGAAGAUCCUGAAUCCAAGGAAGUUCCGUCUCAGCCAAUCACAGCGAGUUUCCUGGAGGAGCACCUGCCCUCUGUCCCAGCGUUCCUCACAGUGAUGGGCGUCUCCACGGUUCUCAUUGCUAUAGUCACUGCUCUUGGCAUGGCUGCAUUCAAGAAGGACCUUCACUUACAUCUAUUUAAUUUAAUCUGAUUUUACCACAGUGUGUGCCCUGAUUGUGUUGUAUUGUAUUGGAAUGUCGUGCAUACGUUAUCUUUAUUUCAGUUACAUUCCAGUAACCCCCAAACUAGGUCAUGUUUACUCCUGCUUUAAUUCUACUAUUUAGUACCUGGCUGUGUCUUAAUUCACACUCUCCUCGAAACACACGCAUCACUGUGUACUUGUCUCCCUUGCUCUCACACUACAAAAGUAGAUUACGCCUGAGACACACUUUUUACCCAUGCUGCAUCAGGUUAAAGUGAACUGGCCAGUAGGUUCACAAGAGGUUCUAGCUGACUUCAGUAAUCCCCUGGUUUUAUAAGCACAUCUUUUACAUUAAACAACAGGGACCAAAUAAGUUGUUACACCUGACAUGUCAUGCCAUUAAACCGGAGAAUACAUCAAAGUUGGCUGAUAAUGUGCCAUAAAUGCGUGCGCGCGAUGUAUUCGUGUGCGUGCCGUAGCCAUAGAAAUUGUAAACAAAAAAAAAAAGUUCAUUAAGCAGCAGACAGUUGCUAAUAUCUGAAAUCCAUUAACAUUAAAGUCUAUGGGACGGGAUUGGUUCCCGUGAAAAUGUUGUUAAUAACUGAAAGUCGUCUUUAUCAGGGUUGCUAAUUAAAGUCAUCUACUGAAUUACUUUCAUGAGGUGCAUUAACUGACCAUUUGAGACUAGCACAGCAAAUCACUAUGAAUUAUUGUAAAUUGUACAAUUAAUAGUGCAACGACUUAAAUAAAAAGCUGUCACAGCAUGGUCGUCUAUACACUUAACACCUGCCUCAGUUCAAAGUCAAGGUAAUCACGCCAGAAUAAUGCAUAGUGUGCAGUAUAGUAUAUUAUCAUUUUAAUCAUGUAGAACUGCAUUUAUCAAUAAUAUGGUCAUUUUAUUGAAUAGCUAUAUGAUUUGUAGGUGUUAUCCCCUCCAAGAGUAACAUAUAUUGACAAUAUAUUUACUGUGAUUCAUAAAAAUACAUGUUUGUAUUGUGUGGAAAGAAAACUACAAAUGUCUUGCCUCAGUAUUGUCACAAUGCCAUGUAAUGUCAGUGCUAAAUGCCAAUAUUGACUGAACUGUUAUUGUCUAGCUGUCAUGUGCAAAUAAGAUGAGUGAGUUUGUGCUGAAAAUAAAGUGACUAUCAACAAGAAUAUCUCUUUUUCAUUCAU